AGGAGGCGGCUACAUCACCGUUACUCUGCUGUUUUUCCAUGAAAUAAUCCAUGGAAUCCCCUACAACCAACGUUAAGGAUGAGUUAGGAGUGUAUACGAGGCGUGUGAAGUUACUAAACACGGAUAAUUUGAGUAUUCCUAUCCUGGGUUAUAGCAGUGUUAAAGGGAUAUCCGCAGUGGUCCAGAGAAAAUGUAUGACGCGCGCCAUCAACAAUGAAAUCAAAAUGCUAGACACAGCCUACUCAGAUAUGUGUGAGAAGGAGAUGGGAUUAAUGCUUGACGCUCUCUGGCACAGAGGAGACAAUAGGAAGGACUACUUUAUUAUGAGUAAGGUUCCCCUGACUGGCAACAAGGAGAACUUGGUAGGAAGGUUCCUGAUCCAGACACUGAAGAAUCUGAACCUCAAUUAUCUGGAUGUCUACUUCCUGGAAGGUCCUGUGGGCCUCAAGUGGAGGAGCGAUGCUGAGGUCAUGCCCAGGUACCCGGCGACUGGUAAGCUCCAGCUAGACAUGACUACGGACAUCGUGAAGGUCUGGUUAGCCAUGGAGACUCAGUUCUAUGCGGGUCGAACUAGAUUCAUCGGUCUGUGUCAUUUUAAUAUGGACCAGGUGUCAAGGAUCUUAGAGGGCUGCAACGUCAAACCACACUUCAUCCAGCUGGAUGUGAACGCCUACAGUAUGCGUCACAGUGAGAGGUACUCGCUGGUGAAGCUGGGUAUUAAUGUCAUAGCUACCUACUCCCUCGGUAAUCCUGAUCUACAAAUCGACCAUAAAGCACGGCUACGAAAUAAUGCAAGCGUCAGGAAUAUAGCACGACAACAUGGCGUCAACGCCGCAUCAGUCUUGAUCAAAUUUCUGCUGUACCAUAACAUAAUCACCUUACUGAAGGGCGUCAGCAUGACUGAUGUGGGACACAUCUGUACAGAUCUUCCUCGGUUCACACUGACGGAUGAGAACAUUUAUUCAUUAAACAGACUCGUAAUUCCCGGUGCUGGUCGCCUCCAGGAGUUCCCAGACUAUAAGGGAUGCAUGAGUCACCCAGAGUUUCCCUUCUUCGAGGAUUACAACGUAAAAUAUCGGAAGAUCGAGUGGUCAACUGACACGGUAUACAAGGGCGAGCACAAGAAGAAGAAAUGGUUAUCUGAAAACUAUAAGCCCCCCAAUAGAGUGAAGCUGGAGGAUCGUAGGAGUCCACCAGUCAUCCCUCAUCCUGUGUUCAAGAAACUCAACUGCAAACCAGCCUACUGCCCCACCUGAAGAUCCUCUGGGAGUUAGCGAGAAAGGUGGUUUUUCCCUGCAUCUCAGCAGCGAGGGACCGAAGUCGAUAGCAACUUCUUCAAUCGACGCGUCGUUGUCCACGCUGGCUAAUUACCCGGGCAAAACCAUUGAACUUCUGGCUGAUGGUUUCAUAUGUGUCUCCUUGAGAGAACUGGGUAUCAUGUUCAACGGAUCCUUCUUAACGACUUUACACUUAGAAACCAAAGAGAUUUAUAAGUACAUGCAGUGCAUAAAUCGGGUUGCCCAGAAAAUCGCUGAGGCUAACAAGAAAGGAGAUCAAUAAGGAUGUUUUCGAUUUUGAGUUAGAACCUGCAGAAGAAGAGGAAACCCCUAAAGUGAAAUUUAAUCCCAAAGUCAAACUCAGUUAACGAAAAUAGAGCAAAUAAAAAAACCGCCAAUGUAUCCUUUAAAGAGUUAGCAGACGAGAAAGAGAAGAUGGUGCCAGGCAGAAGAAAGAUGGUGCCAGGCAGAAAGAAGAUGAUGCAAGGAAGAGAAAAAAUGGUGCCAGGCAGAGAAAAGAGGGUGCCAGGCAGAGAAAAGAUGGUGCCAGGCAGAGAAAAGAUGGUGUCAGGCAGAGAAAAGAGGCUGCCAGGCAGAGAAAAGAUGGUGCCAAGCAGAGAAAAGAGGCUGCCAGGCAGAGAAAAGAGGGUGCCAGGCAGAGAAAAGAGGGUACCAGGCAGAGAAAAGAGGGUACCAGGCAGAGAAAAGAUGGUGCCAAGCAGAGAAAAGAGGCUGCCAGGCAGAGAAAAGAGGGUGCCAGGCAGAGAAAAGAGGGUACCAGGCAGAGAAAAGAUGGUGCCAAGCAGAGA